AUGCUUGAAGAUUGUGAUCCUACCGGCGACACUCCUGAUCCACCAGAGCUGGCUACCAUUGAGCAAGCAUCCCGUGCACAAGCUCCUCUUAUUGAUGCCCGAUUAGCAGCCAUUGAUGCUCAAGUGAAUGCACUGUCUCAGGUUGACAUGGCGAUACGAGAUGUUCUAGCUUUAUACGAUCAGGCUGUACAGAAGGCUCACUACCAGUACUCAUUCCAAAAAUCUAGGCGUAUCAACCACCUCCUCCCGUUCAUGAACGCCCCUGGAGUAGCGAUGCCUCAACCGAAUCCUGGAAUGCCUACAAACGCAGCGGUGAACUACCCUCCAAACUCAUCACAAGUCCAGCCUGUCUAUCAAGCACCUUACGCCAACGGUCCUGCUCAAGCUCAGCCGUUACCCAAUGUCCAGUCACGACCAGACGCUCAAGCAGCUUACGCAUACGCUGCAGUACCACCACAAGCAGGAUACCAGCAACCCCAAGUGCAACCAGAAUGGAACGCCGUGCAACACCAUGCUCAAAAUUACUAA